CCCGCCCGUCUCUCUCUCUCUCCCUCUCCCUCCUUCUCUUUCUUUCACUCUCUUCCCCAACAGGAGAGAAAAAAACACUAAAGCCGCCGCAGACGGACAAAACCUCGGUCCGGCACUCGACUUUGGUGGUUCAGCUGAGUCUCUAAACCUCGCUCGGAGCCUCGCGUCGUGAACAAAAACAACCAAAAAAGCCCCGCACAAAAAAAGAACCAUGUCUUGGCAGAGCUACGUGGAUAACCUGAUGGCCGACGGCUGCUGCCAGGAUUCCGCCAUCGUCGGUUACACGGACGCCAAAUACGUCUGGGCAUCGUCGGAGGGCGGCACUUUCAGCGGCAUAACGGCCGAUGAAAUCGAUGUCCUAGUCGGCAAAGACCGUGAGGCCUUCUUCACCAACGGGCUCACCCUAGGGAAAAAGAAAUGCUCUGUGAUCAGAGACAGCCUGCAGAUUGAUGGAGACUGGACUAUGGACAUCAGGACGAAGAGUCAAGGAGGGGAGCCAACAUACAAUGUUUCUGUAGGCAGAGCUGGCAAAGUCUUGGUUCUUGUAAUGGGCAAAGAAGGGGUCCAUGGAGGCGGAUUGAAUAAGAAGGCAUACUCAAUGGCAAAGUACUUGAGGGAUUCAGGGUUCUAAUGUAAUUAAAGCUUGUUUAGUUUCAAUUUGAGGGACAGAAAGAGAGGUUUGCUGUUAAGCUUUCUCCUUCAAGCAGUUAAAUGUCUUGGAAAAAUUUAAUAGCAAUCGAGAGAGGAAUGGUGGUAAGAUCCUAUAAUGUUCCCCGUGUUACGGGGGGGAUAGACUUUCUUUCUUUCUUUUCAAUUUCGUUCAUUUGUCGUCUUUUCUCUUUUUUUUCUGUUUUUUCCCCCUCCUCCUCCUCUUCCCCCCCCCCCUCCC